AUGCAGCGAUGGACACUCACACUAGCCAAUUAUCAAUACCAGUUAGAGUAUAAACCAGGAUCUAAUAUGGGAAAUGCAGAUGGAUUAAGUCGCUUACCCAUAAAGGAACAACCAGGCAGUGUACCUGUCCCUGAAGAGAUGGUUCUUACAUUAUCAACACUAGAUGGAUCACCAGUAACGGCUGAGCUUGUAGCAAACUGGACAGCAAGAGAUCCAGUAUUAUCACACAUCUUAAAGUGGGUAACCCAAGGUUGGCCUGAGCAGGUGGAGGAACAACUGCGACCGUAUUUUAGACGCAAACAAGAACUCUCAGUUCAGCAAGGAUGUAUUUUGUGGGGGUCGCGGGUAAUAAUUCCAGCUCGGGCUCGUGAAGCUAUCUUAGAGGAACUUCAUGAAGGUCAUCCUGGUAUAGUGCGCAUGAAAGCUUUGGCCCGAAAUUACCUAUGGUGGCAAGGGUUAGAUGCUGAAAUUGAUGACAGAGUUUGCAGUUGUACAGCAUGCCAGGAUUCUACGAAAUCCCCAACUAAAGCACCAUUACAUGCUUGGGAAUGGCCUAACCAGCCGUGGUUCCGACUGCACAUAGAUUUUGCAGGUCCAUAUGAAGGUAAAAUGAUAUUAAUCAUUGUUGAUGCUCAUAGUAAAUAUAUAGAAGCUCACGUUAUGCCGACAGCAACAUCCACAGCAACAAUCAACAAAUUGUACCAAACAUUUGCUACGCAUGGUCUACCGCACGUGAUAGUAUCGGAUAAUGGUACUUGUUUCACCAGCGAAGAGUUUAGAUCCUUUUGUAAAACAAAUGGGAUAAAGCACAUCACAACAGCUCCUUACCAUCCUGCCAGUAACGGGUUAGCUGAAAGAGCUUUACAAACAGUCAAGGGAGGUCUCAGAAAGUCUUCAGGAUGUUUAGAGUCCAGAUUGUAUCGGUUUUUGGCAAGAUACAGAAUCACGCCACAGACUACCACAGGACAGAUUCCUGCAGCAUUAUUUAUGCAUAGACAUCCAAGAUCAAGACUUGAUCUUGUGCAACCAUCACUUCAGACACGAGUAUUGCAUAACCAGGGAAAGAUGAAAGAGAAUUACGAUACAAAAACAAGGGAUUACACCUACUUCCUUGGGGAUUCGGUAUUUGCUAUGAAUUAUGCGGGAAAACCAAAAUGGAUACCUGGAAUAAUUGAAGAGAAGUGGGGAUCACUAACAUUCCUAGUUAGACUUCAGGAUGGAAGAGUUUGGAAAAGACAUCAAGAUCAGCUUAGAUCUAGAUCGCCAUCAGAGGAAAUUACGCAAAGUGACCAAACUCAGAGUAAAUCGAAUAUGGUACCUGUACCAAUAUGGAUGCCUUCUAUCUCGCCAUCAGUGCCAGUUCCUAAACAGGAUUCGUCAUCAUUGAAACCGGAAGAACAUUCAUCAGAGAAUGUAUUACCUCCAACUACUAACAAAUCUACUACAUUGAAAGAUGAGACAACAGAUCCUAUAAAUGAACAAUCUUCAGAAACUUCUGCCUCGGUACCAGAAGUGCGUAGAUCUAGUCGUCAGAGAAAAUUUCCAGAUAAAUAUGAUAUGUAUGUUUAG